AAAUAUUCUAGGUUUACAGACGGCAGCUCAUAGUUGUGGAUAUCCUGAUAUGAGAAGAUGUACAGAAUGAGAACCAGCAGGAAGAAGGUCACAUUCAGCGAGGAGCCCAUGUUCUUGGGUUCCGCAGGAAGGAAUGAUAUUGGCCAUUCUGGAGUUCUGGAGCAUUACCAUUAUCUCAUUGUGAAGCAUCUCACUCUCACAUCUCCUGUGUAUAAAAGGCUGAAAGAAAAUGGAAUUCUGACAACUGAGCAGAUAGGACUGCUGGAGCUAGAAGAGUCUUCAGACCGAAAAGUUGCCAAACUUAUUGACGUGCUGAAAAGUAAAGACCAUUAUUUGUUUACAACCUUCUGUGCUGUCCUUCAUGAGACUGGUCACCAUCACCUUGCCCAAAUGUUACAGAAGGCAGCAAGUAACAAAACAUCUUUGUUACCUGAAGGUAAGAUUAUCUGA